GGCAGACCUUACCUGCAGAUGUGCAACGAGCUCUGAAAGUACACCGUCAUACGUCCUGUGACCCUCCGAGCAGCACACAGCGACCGUCAAGUCGCACUAUCUUUACCUAGGUCUCACAGACUCGGCGUCGCAGCGCGCCUGACAGCAACAUGCCCGGUGGACUCAGCCGGCUAAUGGACAAGGGCAGACACCACUUCCGCCAAACGCUUAGCCCGACUGACGAUGCGUAUCUUUCUUACCAUGAUAUAAGGUGUGAUGAUGCGAACGGAUGUCGAGAGCAUUAAGGAUGACUGGCUCACAGACAACGCGAUCGCAUUCUGGCAAGAAUACCUCGAGCGCGAAGACCUGACGGCGUUCCCCAAGGCCUCGAUCGUCCUCCUGCGCCCCUCGAUGAGCUUCAUGCUCAUGCAAACACCCGAGCCACUCUCCCUCAAAGAAGCUCUCCCGGACUUCAGCACCACCACACACGUCUUCCUCCCCAUAAACGAUUGCGCCGAUGUCACAGCGGCAGAGGGCGGAUCACAUUGGUCACUUCUCCUCGUUUCCGUAAUCGACGGUGUAGCGUUCCACUACGACUCGAUGUCCGCUAGCAACGACCGGGAAGCGCGGAGCACGACGAUGAAGAUGGAACAGCUGCUCGGGAAGAAGAUUCGGUUCAUACCGAUGCACGACUCGCCGCAGCAGGAGAACGGCAGCGACUGCGGCGUCUUCGUCUGCGUGCUGAUGAAGCAUCUCCUGCUCAAGCGGCUGCUGAGGGCAGAUGCGAGCAGGAAGAUCAGCAUGAGCAUGAAGGACGCACACAUCAAUGCGCGCGACGGGCGGAAGCAGAUGCUGAAGGUUAUCGAGGACAGGAAGAAGGAGGGCGAGAGACGGCGCUCACGCAGCCGUUCACCCUACCGACCGCACUCGGCGCAGUCGAAGAGCCCGCCUCGCAUCGGCGCCGAGCAGGAAGAGGAGAAGAAGCAUUAGAGCGUGCAGGAGCACAUGCUUAGACCCUUUUACUGCAGCUUCUCCUCGCUGUAACCUGUCCAAUCACCGCCCAUGGGCCGUUCGAGAGGCAGGCUCGAGAGCACGAGUAUGACAUGAUUAUCACGAAACGACAAACUGCAAGUUA